AUGUGGGUGAAACCCCCUCCAGGAAGCUAUAAGAUGAAUUGGGAUGUGGCCACCAACAACAGAAAAGGUAUCAUAGGUAUUGGGGCCAUCAUGAGAGAUAAUCAUGGGCAGGUCAUUGGAACCAUCCAAGCAAAACGAGUGUUGCAUGUGAAUGCAUUUAGCAGGGAGGCUUAUGCCAUGAUGAUGAGUGUAUUUUUUUGCAAGGAGAUAAGUGUCUUUACUUUCAUUCUUGAAGGUGAUGCCAUGCAGGUAGUCAAUCUGUUAAAUGGGAAACAACUUGAUUCAAGCUAUGGAGGCUUAAUCGUAGAGGAUGCCAAAGGGGUGUUGAACCAGUUUACAAAAUGGUAUACAGCCCAUGUGAAGAGGGAAGGGAAUAGAGCAGCACAUCAUCUAGCUCAGAAUGCACUAAAUCUCUGUGAAGACUUGUUUAAACUUGAGGAAAUUCCUGUUGUGUUCAACAGAUUGUAA